UUUCGAAUCAAAAAUUAUACGCGGCGUGACAUUUUAUAUAAAAGCUAUCGAGUUCUACCCGAGUGUCAGUAGUGUUCAAGACUUCCUCCGCUGAAACAUAUUGUGUUCAAAUAGUUCCAAAACCAAUAUUUAACCAUGUUCAAGGUUGUGUGUCUUCUGGCUCUGGUUGCGAGCAUUUCCGCCACCCCAACUUUGUUGUUGGCCAAGAAACUUGCCCUCAAACAUCUGUUGCUGUCGAAAGCCCAUGAAGGGUCGGUUCCAGCCGGACCCGUUGGAUAUGCAGCUGAACCCGUUCCAUAUGCUCAUCCAGUUGCUUAUGCUCAACCCGUUGCAUAUGCCCAACCCGUGGCUUAUGCUCAGCCAGCUCCAGUGUACGUCCAACCUGCUCCAGCCCCACAAGUAAUUGAGGCUCGUCAAGUCCCAGCCCCAGCUCCAGUUCACCACGUUGUGUAUGUGUCCAAGCCUGAGCCCCAGCCUGAGAUCGUUCAUCACACCCAAGCAGUGACCUAUGAGGCUGCUCCUCAACCUGCUGCUACCUAUGGCCCACCAGCCACCACUUUUGAAAUUGCUCACCAGCCUGCCGUAACCGUCGAGGCUCCAGCAGUCCACCACGCCGUUACCUACCAGGCUGCUCCAGUGCCAGUUAGCUAUGCUGCCCCCGCUCCAGUCACUUAUGCUGCACCUGCUCCAGUGUUUCACAAGCCCAAGGGAUUCGAACUGACCAAGCGUUUCUUCUUCUAAACGUGAUACGUUUCAGUACUCCAGAGCGUUGAACCAAAUCCAAAAUUUCACCACAAAACAAUAGGACAAUUUUACCAAUUUUUAGUAUGAGCGCAUCUUUGAAGAAUGCAUUUAAUAAAGUGUAGUGAAACAAAUUUAAAA